UUAUGAUGCGAUUGGCAAGAAGAAGAGGCAUAACAAAAGUUUUUUUUGCGUUCUGAGAGUGGAAUAUUCCUACGCCCUAAUUGACCGAAGAAACGGAGACGACAGUUAAUGCUAUACACCUUCUGGACAUACACACAGUCUAUCCAGCCAAGGCAAAAUGAAUUUAUAAAACGGGCGUUAUCGCAGUCGCAGCACCGAGCCAUCUAAAUCGAGGAACACAUCGCAUGGGAUAAAACUACGGCCUUGGGCGACGGAGCCAUCAUCAUGGACCCGCAGAAGAUUACCGAACUGGCCAAUUUGCUUCGCCAGAACGGCGACAAAAUAUUGAGCUCCGAGUUUACAUUGACGUUAUCAGGUUCUCUGCUGCGGGCGCUGAACGACUCCUUCACUUUGAUCGCGGACAUUGAGAUCGGAUCCGGCGUGGGCGCCCACCAGCACCAUCAGUCCUUUCAGGUGGUCAAGCCCAUCAACGCGAAGUCCAGCGUCUUCCCCGAUCUGCAGUUGGUGCACGACUUUGUGCAGAAGACGACCCUGCUGAAGCUCACCUACUUCCCCAGCGAGCUCUCCUUCGAAGGCGCCAUCGACAUCGGCAAAUUCCGAGCACUUCGGCGGCUGGAGGUGAACAAAAUCAACAUUGGCCAGGUGGUGGGUAUCCAACCGCUGCGCGGCCAGCUCCAGCAUCUGAUUUGCGUGAAGAGCCUGACCAGCGUGGACGACAUCAUCACACGCUGCGGCGGCGACAACUCCAACGGCUUUGUGUGGAACGAACUCCAGACGGCCGACUUCAGCUACAACAGCCUUCGCAGCGUGGACUCAGCUCUGGAGUUCGCCCAGCACUUGCAGCACCUGAACCUGCGGCACAACAAGCUCACCAGCGUGUCCGCCAUCAAGUGGCUGCCGCACCUGAAGAGCCUGGACCUGAGCUACAACUGCCUCACGCACCUGCCGCAGUUCCACAUGGAGGCCUGCAAGCGGAUGCAGCUGUUGAAUGUCAGCAACAACUACGUGGAGGAGCUACUGGACGUGGCGAAGCUGAAUGCCUUGAGCAUGCUGGAUCUGUCCGACAACUGCCUGCUGGAGCACUCGCAACUCCUGCCGCUGAGUGCCUUGGUCACCCUGACAGUGCUAAACCUGCAGGGCAAUCCGCUGGCCUGCAAUGCGAAGCAUCGGCAGGCAACGGCGCAGUAUCUGCACAAGAACUCGGCGACGGUGAAGUUUGUGCUGGACUUUGAGCCACUGUCCAAGGCGGAGAAGGCACUGACGGGCAGCCAGAAAUUGCGCUACAUAGGCUCGUUCAACCAUCGCAUGUCCCGAAGCAGCUCCAUGUCCAUCAACAGCUCCAGCUCCAUUAACACCAGCGAAGGUUCCAGCUUUGGCUCCCAGCGAUCGAUGACCACGAGGGUAAAGGAUUUCUCCGAAGAAUCGGAGCAGUCCAUGGCAAUGGACACCUCGCAGUCCAGCAAAGUGCAAGGCUUGAAGAAGAUAAGGACCGUGAAUAUCGAGGAGAACAGUGAGACUGAGUCGCUCACAGCUGUUUCCACACCGAAACCUCAACCUCAACCCGAAGAGAGAACCGAUACUUCCCACCUGGAGACCAAGAAGCAAAUUGAGACUCUUCGUUCUACCUAUGGCAAUAAAUGGCUAAAGACCGGUAACGCUGAACUGUUGCUGGGAAUGGAAUCGCCACAGCCCACGGAGCAGGAGCGCAGCGAGGCUCGCCAGCUCUUCAAUGAGUUCUUAGGGGAAUUCUCGGAGUCAUCUAGUGCUAAAGUUGAUUCCCAAGCUGAUUCUGAGUAUCUCAACAUAAGCUCCACUCCCACAAACAGCGUUGCGUUGGCUGGCACUUUUGACUCCACCAUAACCCCUAUUAAAUCGGAUGCGAACGACGCAAGUGGACAAAGCCUUUACGAGACUUGCACUGAGGGAGAAGUGACAAAUUACGAGAGCAUAGCCAACACCACCGAGGAUAUGCUGGCAGAGGAGAAACCGAAUGACAAGCACACCGAGUUGCUAAGUCUCUAUGCGCAAAGCUCAAACGCAGGGCAGGAUGACGAUCCGAUAUCCGAUGCCGAGUCCGACGAGGAAACGUACAUUGUCUACCAUGAACAAAAGGCCAGCGAGCCUGUGUUCCUGACCAUAUCAUCGAACUUCAUCCGCGAAAAGGAUACGCUAAGCGAACGGACCAAAACCAAAUGGAGUCUGAAAAUCUUGGAGUCAUGCGAACGUGUAAAAUCCAAUACGUUGCGAAUUAACUUCGACACAAUGCGAAAGGACAAACAGGAGCGGAUCUAUUGUGUGGAGAAUUCAUUGUGCCAGGCACUGGAGAAGAAACUACGAGAUAUUCUAUCCAUGCGGGAUCUGACCGAAAUGAACAUAUCCAUCUACCGCUGUGUGAAUUGUCUCACACAAUUUACCAUUGAGCAGAAGAGCAAGCGAUAUAAAACAAAGGACUUGCGCUGUCCGGACUGUCGCAGCGUGUACGUGGCCGAAGUCACGGAGCUCUCCACCUCGUUGGACAAACCGUCGGGGGAAGUAGUCGCCGAGCCCAAACUUUCUCCAGCCAUGAUUGUGGAGGAAUCGCCAGUAGAGACAUUUGUGGGGACGAUGAAUAAGGAGGAGAGCAACAGCAUUGUGGCCAACUACAGGCUUACAACUGCUAAAAAUACACCCAAGCGUAGGACUUUGAUGCAAGCCACCAAAAGUUCCGCCAAUUCGCUAAACGAGAGCAGCUCCUGCUCGAAAAUCACCAACUCGCAGAGUCAGUCCUUGGUGGGCAGCUCGAAUACGGACCGUGAUCUGGAGUUUCGGGCUAACGAGAGUGAUGUGGACAUCAUCUCCAAUCCGAGCCAGUCCAGCAUAGAGGUGCUGGAUCCGAACUGCGUGCAGAGUGGCAGUCGCAAGACCUCAGAGGAGCGCCGCAUAUCCCAACUGCCGCAUCUGGAGACGAUUGACGAUGAAAUAGGGCAAACUAAGAGCUUCAUCGAUCGAGAGUUUGGACCGCUUCUGGCGGAGCAGGCGCAGCCCACGGCAUCUGCCGCCGCCGCUGCCGCUUCCUCGGCUGCCAAACCAUCAUCUAUGCCCCAAAUUCCGCUGACAGAGAGCAGCUCGUCAGGAUCCGUAACCGACAGCAUUUGUACCACCUACGAGCAGCAGGGCUUGGAUGCCUCGCACAUUCACAUGACUAAUUCGCUGCUUACCGAAUCGGCAGGCAGCCAGAUUAGUAGCGCGGAGGCGGACUCAAACAGUCAUUUGAAAAGAGCAGAAGAAGCCAGCCUCAUACCAUUCGCAUCCGUCCUGCAAUCAACCAACCUGCUGAUGUCCAGCUCAAAGAAGCUAAUCGAGUCCGAGGCCGCAUUCUUAGGCGCUCAGCCCUACAAGUUUAACUUCAGCGACUUCAACAGCAUCGACCACCGCUUAAAACUCUACUUCUACCAGUCCAAGUUCAAGGAGAACGGCGAGCACUUCAAGUGGCUGGUUAAGGGGCAUAUCUACAAUGAGCAGACACAGGCCAUGACAGAAGGACUCGUGGUGAUGUCCAACUGCAAGUGCUACCUGAUGGAGGCGUUCGCAGAGCCCCACGACGAGGUGGCCAAGUGGCUGCGGCAGGUCGUCGGUGUGUCUCUCAGUCGCCUGGUGACGAUUGAGCUGCUGCCCUGGAAGCUGGGACUGUCUUUCAGUCUGCGGGAUUGGGGAGGAUUUACGUUGCUGUUGCACGACAUGCUGAGGACCGACAGCUUGCUUGCUUACUUGCGACACAAUCCUCCGCCGGUGCAAUGCAAACUGAAUCUACAGCCCUCGCCCACACUUAGCAAUCAUCUGCAGACUAUUGCAUCCGAGCCAGUUAAGAUGUGCUCCCUGAUCUCCAGCUGCCAAUGGAUAUGUGAGCAAGAGCAGAGCAGCUUUGUGCCCUGUCUGCUUUUGAUCACCGAGUCGCACUUGUACAUCCUAGGAAGUGGCAUCUUCUCGUGGCUAUCCGACAAAGUGCAGAAAACCCCAGUUCACCAGGAACUCAGGCUUAGUCAGCCUUUGAGUAAUUUGGUGGACGCGGAACGUUUGACAGACCAAAAGUAUGUGAUCAACUUCAUUGAUGAGACCCAGAACAAGUGCGAGGUCUGGCAUUUGCUGUUCGAGACGCACGAACACGCCCUGUGUUGCCUAGAUGUCAUCGGACAAGGGUGGCAGCAGCUAUUUGGCGUGCCAUUCAGCCUCUCUGGGAGGUAGUUAAGCGCUGGAGCCUGGGGACCAACUAGUAAGGACUACCUUAGUUAGCCUGCUCCGACUUUUGUGCAAAAUUUAUAAUUGUUGAUCUUUAUUGACUAUGUUAUUUAAUGUCAGAUAAGUUUUAUUAACUUAACCUACGUAACAGUAGUGGAACGUGGACUAGGUUUAAUCAAUGAGAAAUGGUGCUGACCCACGAAACAAAUGUAAAUAGCUAUAACUGAAGACCCUGCAAUAUAUUCAAAUAAAAAAAUGGACUUUUGCCCAAUUUUUUAUUUGUGGGUUUCGCAUUUUAAGAAGCUAGAAGGAGUUUGCUGUAUGAAACCGUACACUUUUAAUGAAACUUGUUGUAAAUUACUUUCCUUUUAACAGCAAGUCCCUAAUUUGUUUGAAAAUUACGAGAUAUUUUGAAUAAUGACUUUACCAAAAAUUUCAGCGUGAUGGAAAAUUGGUUUUAUAAGGUUCUGAUUAGGGAAAUCAUAAGAAUUCAUUUCAUAUCCCUUUGUCUAGAUUUUUGUGAAGAAUGUAGUCGUGUCUUAUUGUACCAACCUUUAUUAUUUUUUUUCCAGAAACAGCCAUUAUCCAUAAACUCAUAUGUUGUGAAAAUCAAAAUAAUUUCAUACAAUUUUCUAAGAGUGGUAGAUCCAAGACAAUCAUUUUAACUUAAAAAUUAAGACUUAAAUUUACAUUCUUCCCCAUCCUUUAUAACUAGCUCUAUAUUUUUUGACACUAAAUCACAAUAUAUUACAAUUUGUUUCAAUUCAUAAACCUUAAGGUUGUUAAGGGCAACUUGACUGAAUUUACUUCAGGCCUGAAAAGUAGUGAAGAAGAUAUCAGCAAGCCCUAAAUUGUGCAAUGUCAGUAAUGUAAGUUUUCAAAUGGGACAUUAGGAAAACUAGACUCCCGAUUCUUAAGCUAUAUACCUAUGUACUCGAUCUUUCUGAAGCUGCAAAACUAUCGAUAGUCUGACUAUGGGAUAGGGUAGUUGUUGUUAGCACUACACGUUAGAUUUUCUUUGCUGUUUGUUAGUUAAAUAACCAAGAGCAAUUUUGGGUAUUUUGGCUAAUGGAUCUUUUACGAGUCAUUUGAAUUUUUUGAAAUAUGAUACGCGUUUUGCGUAUAUACUUUUAAGAGAUGUUUCCAUAUUUAAGUUGUAUUUAUUUUGAGCUCUUUCUAGCGUCUAGUCACCUCACUACUUAUCGCCCAGCUGCUCUGCUAUCCAGUCCAGAUGUUCCUCCUUGAAGCGGGGAUCCGCCAUGGUGAGAGCCGUCGACUUGGAGCUGUAGUAAUAGAAAACCGACACUGCGAGGGUGUUGGAGUAUAUGAAUAUAUGUAGCGUAUACAGCGAACUCGGAAACCGGAACUCACCAAUGCGCUGAGCCACUGACAAGGCAAUCAGACCCAAUGGCCACUGCUGACCGUCAUUGGCGGGUGGCUGGCGGUGCUGGGAGAUGAUCCAGAAGUGCUGAGACGCAGACAGCAGAAAGUAAAUGGUGGUGCUGGCCAUGAAGAGCUUGCAGUUCCGCAGGAUUAUGUGGGAGGCACCCACCUGGUACACACAGGUGGAGUGCAGUGCAAGGGUGAAGAGCAGGUACUCCGCAAUGAUCAGGGCGUCCUGGGUG